AUGAGUUCAUAUUUCGUCAACUCGCUCUUCUCUAAAUAUAAAAGCGGGGACUCCUUACGUCCGAACUACUAUGAGUGCGGUUUCGCGCAGGACCUGGCUGGUAGCCGGCCCACCGUGGUAUACGGCCCGGGCUCCGGCGCCACCUUCCAGCACGCUCCGCAAAUACAGGAUUUCUACCACCACAGCGCCUCUACGCUCCCCAGCAACCCGUACCAACAGAGCCCUUGUGCGGUCACAUGUCACGGCGAGCCGGGCAACUUCUACGGAUACGACGCCUUGCAGCGGCAGACGCUUUUCGGGGCCCAGGACGCGGAUUUGGUCCAGUACAGCGACUGUAAACUCGGAGGAGCGUCGGGACUCGGAGGUGAGGACGCGGAGGGGACCGAGCAGAGCCCGUCCCCGACGCAGCUGUUCCCCUGGAUGAGGCCACAAGUAGCUGCGGGCAGGAGGCGGGGCCGGCAGACUUACAGCCGCUACCAGACCCUGGAGCUGGAGAAGGAGUUCCUGUUCAACCCCUACCUGACCCGGAAACGCCGCAUCGAGGUAUCCCACGCGUUGGCGUUGACGGAGAGGCAGGUGAAAAUCUGGUUCCAGAACCGGAGGAUGAAAUGGAAGAAGGAGAACAACAAAGACAAGUUCCCCAGCAGCAAGAGCGAGCAGGAGGCGGUGGAGAGAGAGAGGAGGGAGAAGGAGAUACGGGAGAGCGGAGGAGGAGGUGGAGGGGGAACCGGUGGAGGUGGAGAGGGCGGAGGAGGUGGAGGCGGUGGGGGCUCGGUGGCGGCCGGGUCACAGGCCCCGGUCACUGAGGACUGCUGUGAGAAAACCCACAAGCAAAUGUAG